GUUAACGAGGACACACUGAAGUGCAGCAAUUGGCAAAGAACUACGAGUCCAAACACUGCUCUUUACAGUCGUUACAAGCCACACAGACACAGAGGAGGAACGAGCAGUCGGCCACCUGUGUAUGAGGACAAGUCAGAGGCAGCUAUGUCUUCAGCGGUGGAUCUCAAGACCAAGGAAGAGAAGGACGCAGAGCUGGACAAACGGAUUGAAGCUCUGAGGAAGAAGAAUGAAGCUCUGGUCAAGAGGUACCAGGAAAUAGAGGAAGAUAAGAAGAAGGCAGAGCAGGAGGGCAUUGCCGUGACAACGCCUAGGAAGCCCCGCCCCCAUGAGCCAGAGACGGACAGAAGGAAGAUGGAGAAAGAAAACUUCACCGUCACAGUCGACCUCUCUAAAUUGACAGGGCAGGAGAAGAGAGUCGUGAACGACUGGAAACCUGGCGUGCCUCGUGGCAGGAAGACGUCGGAGGAGAGCGAUGGCCACAGGGGGCCGAGCGACGGCCACAGGGGGCCGAGCGAGGGCCACAGGGGGCCGAGCGAUGGCCAGAGAGGCCAGAGCGAUGGCCACAGCCCCCCCAGGAGGAUGGGAACAGGACGAGUGGGUCGGGGAGGUCAGAGAGGAGGAGGAGGAGGAGGCCGCCAGGAGAGGAGAGACCGGGAGCCCAGGACACCCAGAGAUGGAGAACCUGGGGAGUCAGGAGGACAGGGACGUAGAGGAGGAAGGAGAGGAAGAGGAGGAGAAGGAGGAGGAGGAGGAGGAGGGGGAACACCAGGUGGGAUAGACAGGAAGUCGAAGGAAUGGGAGGAGAAGAGGCGACAGAACAUUGAGAAGAUGAAUGAAGAAAUGGAGAGAAUAGCAGAAUAUGAGAGAGGACAGCGGCCGGACGGAGACAAACCGAUCCGUAACUUCCUGGAUGACCCGAGACGUUCAGGUCCAGCACCAGACACAGACCGCAAAGAGGGCAGCAGAAGACAUGUGCGAAACUGGGGAGGGCUGGACUUUGACAACGUGAAGACCGGAGCAGAGCUGGAGAAAGAGUGGACCAGUCGAAGGCCUGGUCCGAAAGGCUCCGUGGACAUGACCAUGUCUAUGACCGGCCGGGAGAGAGCAGAGUACCUGCGCUGGAAGAAGGAGCGCGAGCAGAUUGACGAGGAGAGGCUAGCACGCCAUCGUAAUGCCACAGGCCAAUGGAGACGAGAGUGGGACGCGCAGAAGACGGAGAACAUGUUCAAGGAGGACCCAUAUGUGGCUGCAGAGGGCAUCACACCCGAGCAGGGCAGCAGGAGAGAUGACAGCAAGCGGCCUCCUAAAGCUCCGACAUUUGGCGACUUCCUGUCCCAGGGCAGGACCCAGGGACCCCGAGGCGACCGGGGCAGAGGGAGGGGCAGAGGACAGAAACCGAGCUACAGCAUGCAUGACAACCGCUGGGAAGGAGAGAAAGAAGAAGAGGACAAGGAGAAGCAAGACAAGACAAAGAGAGAGGACAAAACUAAAAAGGAGGAGAGGGAGCAAGGAAAGCCCAAGCCUCCUACAGCACAGAAGGCGGAGGAGAAGGACGGAGAGGAUGAUGAGGAGGAAUGGGAGGAUGCCAGCGAUUCAGUUGGAGAUGAUGAGGAAGGGAGCGACUCAGAACACGACUCCAGGGACGAUGAGAAGAAAGACACGGGGAAGGAGAAACCUGCCAAGAGCAAAGACACCUCCCCUAAAUCUCCCAGGCCUCGUUCUCGACCGGCAUCUGGAGAAAGCCCCAAAGAGCAGCGGACUCCCAGGCCAAAGGUCCACAUCCCCUCCCCGGCGGCCGUCCAGGAGUCACCGGAGGGAGGCAAGCCCCUCAGCCCCUUCUCCCCGCUGGACAGCCACCGGCCUGUAUCAGACUGGGGGGAGGAGAUGGAGAUGCUGUCACCCCGCAGCAGCAUGGGAGGCGAGAGCCCGCUGAAACCCCCCAGUGUGGAGUCCAGCCCGCCCCAGAAGAAGGAGUGUGAGGAGCCAGAGAGCCAGGCUGCCAGCUCCAAUGAAGCUGCUGAGCCACAGAAAGGGGAGGAUACAGCCGUAGAUGUGUCUUCUCCUUCAGAAGAGACUAAAGCCCAGCAGACUGUGAUAGUGUCAGAACCAGAGUCCCCUCCAGCAGACACCCCUGCUGCACCACCAUCUGACCCCGCCCCCACUGAGGUCAGUGAGGUUGUCGGGGUGACGGACCAGGAUGCACCUGCUGCUUUAUUGCAAGCAGACAAACUGGACUCCUCUCCCUCUCCGGCCGUCCUGGAGGCCGACCAGAGCUCCUCUGAACCAGCCGAGGAGAAAGAUGCUGACACAGCGCCCGCUGGGACCGACGCUGCUCCGGCAGCAGAGGCGGUGGAGUCCUCGGAGCAAGCGUCCUCAGCAGCAGCAGCAGCAGCAGCAGCAGCAGCAGCAGCAGCAGAGGGGCUGGAUGAGCAGGAUGUGCAGAGUGAUGGCAGUAACGCAGCCACAGCUGAAGCUGCUGGGAACAAACAGACUGACAUCUGAGAAGGGGGAGACGAUGAGAUGAACGAAGAGCAUCCUGCUACUCAUCGCCGCAGUGACCAUCACAUAUUGAGAUAAAAAGAAACAAAUGACUUAAACCAUCAUGAGGAGGAGGAUGAAGAGGAGGAAGCGUGCAUCGGCGCCGUGGACCAGCCUCCUUUCAGCUCUGUCUCUGAGCUGUCUCAAAGUCUUUUGGAUCACCUCUGGUUUUGUGUACAGAAAAGCUUCAUCAUGUUUGUGGCGUCUAGAGGUUUUCUGCUUUGGGAACAUGAACUGUGCAUGAAGACAACACGUGUAGAGAUCAUGUCAAACACACACUGAGGAAGAAUCACUUUCACACUGACCCUCACUGAAGUCUACAUUAUGUUUCCCUCUGAGAUUUAAGUUUGUGAGCUGACGCCAUGGAGCCCAGCAGCUGGAAUCAGCUGACCCAUCAGCGACAUGGUCUGCAGCACUGACUGCUUACAACUUGAUCCAGUCUCCUGCAAAGUCCUCUGCUAAUUGAUGACCCCCUGAAACCAAGCAGACCCCCGCUUAGUCCACCCAGUCCACAGUUAGAGAAGCAGGCUGGCUUUGCAAGGCCAAGAACACCAAACCCUAACUGACCUGAUGUCAGUUUAUAAAAGGCUGCUCGUUAGUGACGGCGUCCACUCGGCUUUCUCAGGAACAGUUGUGGUUGAUGUCUGAUGUCUGCGUUGGUUUGGCUGGAAAAGAAUUCCUCCUGUAGUAAUCGAUCACAAUCAUUUUGUCUCAUUGACGGCAGCUUGUUGGCUCGUUAACCUUUAGGGCGACCUCACCGACACAGGAACCUGCGCCCUGGCUAGCAUACAAGCAGCCUGGGCUAGUAGCUGCUGCUGGAUGUACAGUAUGUAACAGGAGUUCUCCACUGAUUUAGCAUUCUCACACCCACAAUGGGCAGUUUUUUUUUAAAAAAAAGAUCAAUAUUACCCACAAUGCAAUUCAACAGUUCAGUGAGAUUCAGGUGUGUUAUGCUAGUAGCGGCUAAUGUUUGGUAAGCUCAUCUCUUCCUAACUGCACACCAACAGAUUUUUUUAUUUUAUUUUCACACAUGUAGUCUUGAGACCCAGCUGACGCUGCCUCAGGUGACAUCACUUGAGGCUAUUGAUCAGGCUCCACACAGCUGAGACACUAAAGGUUUAUAUAAGGCAGCUGUUCUGGGUUUUUGCCUGUUGUCUAACGAGCUCGUUCGCAGCUCCAGUGUUGCAUUAGAGACGAAGACACACAUCAGCACACACCGAUUCCCCUGCACCCCCCACUCAGUCUGACUUCAGCAGUCUUUUCUAAAGUGGACUCAUCGCAGCACGAGCACUCAGUCCGAGCUUUGUCUUGUGUUCACAGUGUCUCCGUAAUGCAGAGAUGGGACUCCACCCUCCAGCCUGUCCCGCUCUUUGCUUUUAUUUUGUGGCUUUUAAUUUCUCGGUUUGUUAGAAUGUACGUUGAAAUCAUUUCUCCUCGUGUCGGACCCCACCGACGAUUCGUUCCCGUCACGACAGAAUAUUUCUAAAGACACGUUGACAUGCUGAAGAUCUGUCAGAAUCCUUCAGUCCGGCGGUUUACAUGAGCUCCGCUGCAGGUUGACCAUGAUGUGUAAUUUAUUUCCGUCUGUGCAGUCAUUUGGUGAAUCAUCAGUUCUACAGAGAAAUCUGUCACAUCCGUCUGAUGUGAGUUCCCCUCUCCUCUUGGAUGACACACUGCCUCUUAGCUGGAAAGUUUGUUUUUAAAAGCGAGGGUCUCGUUCCAAAAAGGUAUGAAAAAAACCCUGCUCAGAGAGAUGUGAGUGGUUUUACAUUAAGUGUGUAUGUUUUUGUUAGCAACCAUGUUUUCAGGAUAUAAUUCUCAUGUUAGGAAAUACAGACUUGCAUCACAGUGUCUGGAAACAUGGAUCACUGGUCGAUAAUGAACUUUGGGCUGCAGUUUUGUUUAAUGGACGCUCAAUGAAACCCGUCAUUCAUACCUCAGCAGAUCAAGGGCUUUAGUUUGGUUUGUGCUGGAGUUUGUGCUUUGUUUUCUGCAAACGGCUCUUUGAAUCAUGUUAGUCGUAGCCGCUCGCCGGUGGCGUUUGAUAAAUGGGAUGCUUUCAUGUUUUUGUGUUCUGUAUCAGAGGAAUAAAAAUGAUGCAUUUAGGUUGAAAGGAGCCGCAAUAUGUACAGUUUUUAAAUGGAAAUGAACAUUCCACAGUUGGGUGUUUGUGCAAAUGUAGCCUGUGAGCUAUGAGUUUUUGUUUUUUUUGUUUUGCAUAUGGAUGUUGGUUUUUCAGAGCUUCGAUGACUGAUUGUAUUUAAGGCAGUAGAUAUUUCAAUGUACUGUACAUCCAUUUCUACAACGUCUUCCUGUUUGAUACAUGAAAUCACUCGGAGAACUAACAAGGUUUGCCUUUUUGGACUGGCGUGCAGCUGUUUUCAUAAAAUUAUCAGAACUAGCAUGAAUCCGAAAUUGUAGCUUUUUAAUGUUGUGAAAGCCAUUGAUGAAAUAAAUGUCGUCGUCAGAGAGACGAGCCCUGAUGUUCGUGCUGCUUUCUGAAACGUACCCUCAUGAAAUGUAAAGCACACAUCAGUUUGUUUUUCUCAUUUAGCCAAUAAACGUAUUCCUCUGA